AUGUAGGCUUGGGAUUCUCCAACGGCUUUCGGUGACCCCAACUUGCGAGUAGGCCUGGUAAGCUACCAAUUGAACAAUUUAAGAAUGAGUCAAAACAAUCUAUUUGGAAUUGCAUGCAAGACAUGCCGCCGUCGUGGAAGAAAAUGCGAUCGGAGCCUGCCGAAAUGUAACAACUGCAGCUUACGAGGUACGGAAUGCGAGGGAUAUGCCUUACGUUGGGUCGAUGCCGCUCCAAGUAAGGGAAAAUCGUCGAAAGAACAUACAGAUACCAAAUCUCGAGCUAUAAUAAGACAGCAAAAGUUGAGUAUUCUCAUGAACCUAGGGACAACAAGCGAUGAUCUUGGAGGAUUCGUAAACUACUACGCUCGCGAGAUCAGUGAAGCCUUUUAUCUCGGCCACGGCCCUGUUGAAACGCCUUACACCCGCCAUGUUCUGCCCAUGAUCAGAAGCGUCCCCUCAGUAAGGUGCGCAGUGGCGGCCACGGCGGCAUGCCACAUAGCAAAUCGGCUGGAAGAUGACCAAAUGAAAAGACAAAGCCUUCAUUUACGUCUCAAAGCCACGGAACUUUUAAGGGAGGAGCUAAAAGGCUACCCUGAGGGUCCAGACCUGACGUGCCUCGUGUGUAUGUUGCUACUUGCGCAGCUUGACGUCUGCUCUGGCGACUGUGUCGAAUUCGAAACACAUCUCAAAGCUGCGAGCACAUUUAUAAAGCAACGUGGCUCUGACGGAACAGAGCGCGGUUUCAUUGAACAGCGUAUAGCAUGGCUUGACGUCAUGGGUGCAACUACAAGUUCAAGAAUGCCGCAUUGGUCCCCCGAAGAUCUUGCGGCUACCCUAAAUAAGUUUUGGACGCCAUCAGGGAAAAGAGAAUGGGGAUUUGAUGUGUUCUAUUGCCCGAUUGAUCUCUUCGAAUAUAUUGCAGAUAUUACGGUCUUGUAUAAAUUAGAGCCUGAUGCCAUCCAGAAAGCUAUACUACUCGGCAAUGCUAUCAAAAGAUGGGUAUGCAUCUGCGACUCUGAUCCCCGCCGCCACAUGGUUGAGGUGUGGAGAUUGGGAACCUUGCUAUAUUUGAUUCGACUUUUUCGACUGCCAAGUGGUAUUUUCAACACGGCAAAUACAACCACCUGCAUAUUUCAUCAUGCACGUGCGAUUCCUUCAAAAACAAGCUGGAGUUACUCGAUAUCUUGGCCCUUGUUCCAGGCUGGCCUACUUCUAUCCCCUGAGAAUAGCCAAAUAAAAGCCUGGCUACGGAACGAACUAUACAAAAACUUUUGCGCGCUUGGCUGUUUCCACCAAAAGCUUGCCAUUGAAGCAUUGGAACAGACCUGGCGGUCAGGAAAGGAUCGCCAGUAUGAUCUAUCCAGUGUUGAUUUUCCACAGCGCAAACUUAUAUUAUAGCGUCACUAGUAAUUCACGUCCAAAAGCCGUUAUUUAAACUACUAGAAGAAAGAUAUGACCGAAACUUUAUUUGAUGCCUAUGAAGCUGGGUGAAAUUUGGCAUAAACUAAGUCAAUCUCCUGUAGGAUAUUCUCCUUAACUGCUGG